AUGCUCCCGCGUUUUAAUGCGGAGAACUUCCCCAAGAAUCUCGAGCUCCUGAAGAUUUUCGAGGAUCUCGCGGCUGAGAAAGGUGCCACCCCAGCGCAGGUGGUUCUGGCUUGGGUUCUGGCACAGGGGCCAGAAUUCUUCCCUAUCCCAGGCACCAAGAACUUGAAGUACCUGGAGCAGAAUCUGGGGGCGCUCAAGGCCGAGAUCACGGCUGAGGAUGAUGCUCAGAUUAGAGAGACAAUCGAUUCGAUGGGUGGAGCCGCCGGUGGACGAAUCCCAGCUGGCAUUCCAGGCUGCUUCGCUGACACGCCACAGUUGUAG